AUGAUCCAUGACAAGUUCCUGAUCCAAAGGACCUCUUCCUUUGAGGAGACCGUCUUGUUUUUGAUUGCAAUGACUCGGUGGAUUAAAGGAUCUCUGCAUCAAAAGUCAAUCAAAAUCAAGCCAGAACCAUCCGCUUUUCCAGAAUUGUCAGGAAAUCCCGGGGGAUUGCCUGUUUCUGUGCACUCUGGAAAUGUAGUCGAAGGUGUUUCGCUGUUCCAGAUCUUUUCCAAAAAACAUGGAAGGAGAAGCGGCCUGACCCUGGGGGAUAUCUAUUGCUCCCAGUUGUGUUGUAUCCAUUCCAUUUCGCCAGAAAAGGCAAAGGCAAUAGCCAGGAAAUAUCCCACCCUUCAAAGGUGUGUGUGUGAAGCAGAGGCAGAAUUUCUUUUGGCCAAUGUGAGCCUUCCCAAUGGACGCCGACUGGGCGAAAAGAGCUCCAGUCUUGUGUAUUCUUCGGUGUACAGAUCUUGA